AUGUUUGUUCCAAUUAUUGCGAUCAUCUUACUCGGCGGAGUGGCAGUUGCAGAUGUAAAACAAUUCAACUGGAAAAUCACCAAGGAGCAAGUCCCUAUCCCUAACACAGGGACGAAAAGGGAAAUGAUGCUUAUUGACAAAACAUGGCCCCCAAAUCCGGUAAUUGUUGAUAAAGGCGAUGUUCUGAAAGUCAAUGUCCUCAAUCUCAUGGAUGAGAAAACAAGCUUGCAUGCGCACGGGUUUCUCCAGAAAGACAACAAUUUCUACGACGGGCCGGAAGGAAUCACACAAUGUCAAUAUCCUCAUGGUCUACGAUUUCCCUUGAUUGUAAAAGACACCAAAGGAUCCCCCUCCGAGCCGACGACAUAUGCGUAUGGUGCGGCUGCCGAGAAAGAUAUUGUCAUUGAUAUGGCCGACACCUACUACUUGCAAGAUCAAAAAGAUGUCGAUGAUGACUACAAGAAUGGUAAAUGCGGAAAGGGUCUCGAGCCUCCGCCUACAGGCAUCGUUCACAAGGAUUACAUGGGGACCGAUGGUAUAAACACAAUCUAUGCUGGCGGACCUUCCGGGAGACUGCGAAUACGGUUCAUUAACAUGUCUGCGUUCUCCACGAUGCUUAUUUUUCUCAAUAAUGGCGAAACCAAAGACGGUACCGCGCAGGGCAUUCCCUUUCGUGUCUCUGAAGUCGACAGCGUACCCCUCGACAGGGAUUACAUGCCAAUCGCAAAGGCAAUCGAGUUGAAUGCCGGGCAGAGGAUGAGCAUCAUCGUUGAUCUUGACAACGACCUAGGUAAUGAUAAAGCCGGUUUCAAUGUUAUUACAACGAUGAAUCCUCAUCAUAUCGCAACAAACAAAUGUGCAGAUGUAGUAAAAGAUAAUUAUGCCUACACUAGUAAAAGUUACAUUCAUUUCACAGAUCCUGCUAGUGGCGCAACACCACCUCCAGCACCAGUUAUGACCUUCUCACGACCACCUAGAUAUCCCGCGAGCCCAUCUGCUUAUGAUAAUACUAGGAUAUGGGUAAACAGUCAAUGGAAACUCGAUAACAUUCCCAUCUGGGCCGAUAAAAACGCAUCCCCAAAUACCGUUGUUACCGAGACCUGGUACUUGAAUAAAUUUAUCCCUGCCAAGAAGGUUCCCCGUAUCGCGUUCAACGGAGAGGGAUCUAUGCCAACCAAAUUCUUGAGUGUCGACUUCACAGCCACCACUGGUCCGGGAGGCAGCAAAGAGUUUGCGACACUAAAUGAGAAGACCUUCGUUGCCCCGGGAUCUCCGGUCCUACUCCAAGCCAUGCGACCGCUUCCCCCAAGCUGUCCUAACUCACCUCUCCUACUAGGUAUUGGCAUGCCAAAACCUGUAAACACAAACACCCUCGGCCCAGAACCCUAUUAUGCCAACAACCCAGGCCAAGGAAACGUCGUUGAAAAUACCAUCACCGUCGAACAAGGCCAAACCAUCUACAUGUUACUAAAGGCCCACGUUGGCUCACACACCUUCCAUCUCCAUGGUCAUGACUUCCAGGUUCUCUACACGCAACCCGAAAACGAAUCUUCCCACGAACUUGCUGUCCCUGACAUUGAACUACUUAAGAACAACGGCCUCAGUCAACCUGCCUCCCCCAUGCGCCGGGAUACGCUGUUCGUAACUACGAAAACGGUCGCCUUGAUUGCGUUUACGGCAGAUAAUCCCGGUGCCUGGUUUUUUCAUUGCCACAAUGAUUAUCACGCACUCAGUGGCAUGAGUGGUGUUAUUGUUGUUAAUCCACCAGGGGGCUUUGAUAAGGGGUUGUUGAGGGAGAGAUGGGGUGAUGCCGCGUAUGAGCAGUGUGGGGGGAAUACGAACGGAUUUCCGGUCAAUUUGAGUGCGUGGAGGAGGGAGUGUAUUAACAAUGGUAGGUGA